CCCACACCUGAUCUCAAUCUCAACAACACUCAUCACUCACACAAACCUUGCUCUUCUUUCUAACUCGCCGCAACUCGCUCCUCACUCACUGAGUCACCGACUCACCACAAUGGCUGACCGAGUUCACCCCCACACCUCACCCCCUGCUUCCGCCGAGUCACAACCCGCUCCACCUCCCUCGGAGAAACCAGCCUCGCCUACCGGAACCUACGUCAUCCAGAUCCCCAAGGACCAAGUCUACCGCGUCCCUCCGCCGGAGAAUGCGCGCCGCUACGCCAACUACAACCGCCGCAAAACUCGCCGAUGCGGCUUCUGCUGCUGCCUCUGCUGGCUCAUCGGCCUCCUCUUCAUCUUCCUCAUCCUCCUCGGCAUCGCCGCCGGCGUCUUCUACCUCGUUUUCCGUCCCAAAGCGCCUAACUACUCAAUCCAAACCGUCUCCGUCAAAGGAAUGAACCUCACCUCGCCAUCGCCGUCAUCCGCGGCGGCAAUCUCGCCGGAGUUCGACGUCGCGGUGAGAGCCAACAACGGCAACGACAAGAUCGGGAUCUACUAUUUGAAAGGAAGCUCGGUGGAAAUGUUCUAUAGAGACUCGCGGCUCUGCGGCGGCGCGUUGCCGGCGUUUUACCAGGCGUCGAACAAUGUGACGGUGUUUAAGGCGGUGUUGAAGGGCGACGGCGUCGAACUCGCCGGGUCGGAUCGGACGGCGUUGGUGAACGCGGUGGCGAAACGGAGCGUGCCGUUGACGAUGAAGCUGAGAGCGCCGGUGAAGAUUAAAGUGGGGUCCGUUAAGACGUGGAAGAUUACCGUUAAGGUGGAUUGUGACGUGGCGGUGGAUCAGUUAACGGCGAAGUCGAAGAUUGUUCAUAAGGAUUGUAGUUAUGGAUUGGAUCUUUGGUGAUGAAAAUUGAAACUGUUUAGAUUAAUUAAUUAAUACAUUCUUUAUAAAUUUUUUGUAUUAUUAGCAUAGAUAUUAUGUAGAUUUUCAUGUAUACAUUGAUAAUACAUUGCUGUUAAUUUUA